UAUUUUUCUUAGAGAAAUGGACACCUAAUCAGCCAAAAUUAGGCACCACUAGCACUAGCAGCAACUGUUUAACAACCUAACUACUAUUCUAACAUAAAACUUAAAACUCUAUUUCAUAUUCAAAAUCAUUCUAUCUUCUUUAUUAAGCCACUUGGUCUCUCUUAAUAUAAACUCCAUUUUAUCUCUUUCAACUUUUGCUAUUUUCUCAUGUGAUCUUUUAUUAUAUACUUCCCAAAUAAAAGAAGAAGAGAUCCAUGGAGAAGUUUGUUGUAUUUCCAUUUUCUUUAGGGUGUGUUUCUGAAUCAAGUGUUCCAGUGGUCAACACCAACAAAAGCCACAACACAAACAAUAUUUCUCAAUUAAAUGAUCACCUUCCAACAAAGAGACAAGUAGUUGGAGAAAAGAGUCCAUCAAAAGUGAAAAUAAAUGGAUUUUUGGUGAGACGACGAAUUACUCAAGGAGUGGACACAUUCAAAAGGAAUUUCAAAGGUUUCUAUCAAUUAUUUGUGUACAAAGAAGAGAUGGAAAUAGGAUAUCCAACAGAUGUGAAGCAUGUAACACAUAUUGGAUCUACAAAAAUUAAUCCUAUGAUUAAAAACUGGGAUAAUUCAAAGGAAUCUGAUUUACCUUCUAUUUCUAUUCAACAAUUUGAACUUGCUAUGGCUGCUGGAUCCUCUAGGUUUUAGUAGUUCCAACUAAUUUUCAUUCCCUUUCUUUUUGAUAAGUAACUUGUCGAAAUUUUUUUAUAUUGAACGAUAAAAUGUUCUCUAACAUUUAGAGCUCUUCAUUGUUAUUUUAUCUUUUGUUUUUGUUGUUUUCUUCUAUGGAGAAAACAUUUGUAUGGUAUUGAUGUGUGGAAUUUAAAUGUAUAUAAUGUCAAAAUUAGUAGGGAA